AUGCCAGCAUUGAGAAGUGAACAAUUCCAACCCAGUGAGUCAUUUUUCCUCCCCUUUCAAAUACAAAGGGAUAUUUUUUAAGCAGUUUCACCCCAGAUUAAUGCCAAAAAAAUGCCUUGCCUAGGAACUGCGAGGAAGCCUAUAUUCUCAAGAUGCCCUGACUUCAGCAGCUGUUAGUGCCUUUGCUACAAUUCUAAUUAUUUAUACAGCGCCGUCUGUGGUCAUGAUGUUUUGCAGAGGAUAAGAGGACAGGGCUCUGCCCCAAGGAGCUUACAAUAUAACAUUCAAACACAGGGCUGACAAUGACGGGAGGGAAAGCAGGGCUAAACUGGGACGCAUUAUGCAGUUGUUGCAGCUGCACAUGCUGCGACUGCAAUCUAAGCCAACCUUUGCACUGGGCUGGGUAGGGGGGUUGGACUAGGCAAAGGUGUCCCUCUGCCCAGCCCUGCUGGCCAGUGCUUGUCUCUGCCAGCAUGAAGCUUCCCAUUCCGCCCACCUUGGGGUCCCUUCCAGCUCCACAAUUCUGUGAUUCUAUGUGAUCUGGUUACCUGGCGGAACUUACACUAGCAGUAAGGGUCAUGUAAGUCAAAUUGUACAGUAUAUUAAAAGCUUUUUAUUGUCCCUCUGCCAGGCUCAGGCAGACUCAGCUGGCAGCAGCCCCACUCCUGAAAGGGGAUUUAAAUGGGAGAACUUAUGCCAAAGGAAGAUCUAGGGAAGUGCAAAGCUUAUACUGGCUUUACUUAACUUGACAUUAAUUUCCACCGGCUUCCUAUAGUUAGGAUUGCUCUGUACAUUUGUAGCCAAUACAGCAGUUCAGGGUUUUGUUUUUCGUUGUUUUAAACUGCCCUCUGGUUUAGUAACAGAGUUUGUAGUCUGUGGUAUGCAGCUUAAUUUUUAAUUCCUUUCCAUUUGUUGCAAUGUGCCAUGUUAAUUGUUUGUGCAAGAUCAACUUGCAUUCAGUGGUGAUGAGUAAUGGCUGUAGAUUAAUACUCAGCUGCAAAUAUAUUCAGUUGCAAAAAGAAAAAGAAAAAAGGAAGCCACUGUUGUUUUCAGAAAAUCUCUCUCCCUUCUUGCCAAAUGGUUUUGAGGUGACAUAUUGAAGGGAGUCAGGACACAUUUCUUUUCUGAUGCACAGUGAUGAAAAUAAAUGCCAUUCACAUCCUAUGAAGCACGAUUUCACCGCACCAAGCAAUAAGAAUGCAUGGAAAAUUCAACUGAAAUUAAAAAAUACUGUUCAAUUUCUUGCAGAAAAGCGACCUGAAAUCCUGAAGUGUGGGCUUUUCUCUGAAAGAAGUCUGAAAUGCAGUUUUCAGUCUGAGAUACUGUUACCACCAUGUUAUAUUGAUGGUACCUACAGAUCCUUUUAA